CCCACUUCAUUUUCCCUCCAACCCGCUGUGUUGAGCAGUCCAUCAAUGGAAACAUCGUAGGAAAAAGCUGUCGCUUUAGCUUAUCAAUACCUACAGUACUAGAAUGGGUAUUUUCCUUUUCUUUUCCUCUUUCAAGGAUAAGGCUUCAAUGGUUUCCAUUUUAUGAUCUGCUCUGUCUUUGGAGUACUGGAAGCGUGUUGCUUAAUCCCACUCUACCAUGGUGAACGAAGACUCUGCUGCUUGGAUCACUCAGCUUCUUGCUUUAAUGGGUUACAGAGUCUUCUGCAAUCUCCAAGGGAGCAUGAAUAUGAAACAUUCAAUGAAGGAAUGUCUCGGGGUUUGAUGUUACUGAAAAAUCCCUUUGGCUUAAAGGGCAAAUUGAUGAAGAUAGGUUGCUUGGGUUUAUGCGAAAGCAAGAUCCAUGGGCAGUUGGUGAGGAAAUCAAGCAUAUCCGAAGGUUUCUGGAGCACUAGCACAUAUGAUUUGGAGAGUAGUACUAUUUUGCCUCAGAGAAGUAUGACCUCUAUCACUGUACCAAAUCUGAGUCUCAGUCAGUACAGUGGCACUGGCAAUACCACCACCCAUGAAGAAUUUGUAAAUCAGGGUUAUCUUUGGUGGAAACAGAAUAGGCUUCAGUGGCGUGGAAGUAAAAAGACUGAGAACCGGAGACUAGUUUGGAAAUCAAUACUUGAUUGGGAUGCUUCCUAUGAAUGCACAGCAGAGACUAGCAAGCCUUUCCCUUGUCCAAUUCCCCUCUCUGAAAUGGUUGACCUUCUUGUGGAUACAUGGGAGGAAGAUGGAUUAUAUUAUGAAUAAUGCUAAUUUGAGAACCAUUACUGUACUGAUUUUAGCUAAGCAUCUGGCCUUGUGUUGUGUGUCAAUUUCUGCUAUGAAAAGGAUGUAUAUAUACUAUAUAGUUUAGUUCUAGCAGUGAAGCAGAUGUUGAGAGAAGAAGAGUAUAUAAGUGUGGUAAAAGUUAGGUGACUUCCUUCUCUCUCUAAUUACUUUUAAAGAUUGUGUUAAUGUAUACUGCCAUUUAAAAUGUUAAUGUUUCUCCAGUUUUAGAGUA